AAGUCAAAAUAGUAAACGUGAGUGCCUCAAAAAGCGUCAUCAUCGUUGGCCUGUAUUCUAUAUUAUCGAUUAGAUAGUGAACAGCAUUGGUGAAUGGAUUCCCCUAUUGCCAAGUUCAAUGACACUACCUACCUAGACUCGUUUCGAUAAGUAAUACUGGGGUAUCGAAAUUUUGCCAUUAUCUUAUCGAAUGAUAAUAUUGCAACUGCACCAACCAAUGCAAGUUGUGCUUUGUCCCCAAAAAAUAAAAACGAAAUGUAUGCGCAGUACGCAAAUAGCCAUGAACCGUAGUGGAAAUCCUCCGGCAGAAGAUAUUCCUUUGAACACUGUUCGUCCUGAUGCGAAUGACGUAGUUGAUGGCAAUGGAGGAAAGUUCGCUCAGAAAAUCGACUUGCACAGCUACGCAGGACUGACGACCAUUUUGGCCGUCAAUCUGCAGCAGCUGUAUCUGCUGUUUACCGUAGGACCGGAACUGGGGCCAAUGUUUUACAUUCUAACAACGCUAUCUCUGAUCUCCGCUGUACUCGUGACCGCUCUUCUUCCUAUCCGAUACAUUUUGGAAAAAGGCCUUACUUCAAAGAUUCUCUACUAUACAAGUCUGGUGUUGUAUAUCCUGAUACUGGUCUUCAAUCUAGCCCUGCAAAUUUUUGAUCACACCGUGGAGAAAUGUCAAGUGCUUUUGAACCAACCAUUGCCGCCUGUACAGACCAGCGAUAAUAUCCCGAAAUAACGGUACGAGUGCAAAUACGUGAUUAGUAAGGAAUAAACAUUUAUUGAACAAUUUUAGUGGUAGUCUAGAUUUUGGUAGAGGUAUGUGUUAAAUUAGAGUGUUCAAAAUAUAAAAAGAUACAUAUAACUUAUAACUCGAA